AUGUUUUACUCAUCAAAUAUCCUAUCCCUAAUCUUUGAUCUACAGGGCGUCCGCGAGGUCGAGGAAACCUGGGCCAGUCUUAAAUUUGACCUUCAACCAUACUCCAAAGGAAAAGAAACACGUGGAACAAUUUUGUCUGGAGUAGAUGAAAUUUUGCAGACUUUGGAUGACAACUCUAUGAGCCUGCAAUCGAUGGGUGCCAGUAGAUUCGUCGGCCCCUUUCUGGCUACUGUGCAAUCAUGGGAGCGCAGCCUUAGCCAUGUCAGUGAAGUGCUUGAUAUAUGGAUGCUUGUGCAGCGAAAAUGGAUGUACCUUGAAGGCAUUUUUGUUGGAGGUGAUAUUCGCGCCCAGUUGCCUGAGGAGGCCAUGAAGUUUGAUGUUAUAGAUAAGAACUUUUUGAAGGUAAUCACAUAA